AGCCUUUAAUGCAGUGAAACUAAUCUGUGAUCAAACAGCAGAGCACAUCAAGAGCCAGGCCCAGCACACAGAGAGACAGAUAAAGAUGGAGUUUGAGAAACUUCAGCAGUUCCUAAAAGAGGAAGAGGCAGCCAGGAUCACUGCACUGAGGGAGGAAGAGGAGCAGAAGAGUCAGAUGAUGAGGAAGAAGAUUGAGAAGAUGACAGAAGAGAUAUCAUCCCUUUCAGAACAAAUCAGAGCCAUAGAACAGGAGCUGGGAGCUGAAGACAUCUCAUUCCUGCAGAGUUACAAGGACACACAAAUCAGAGCCCAGUGCACCCUGGGAGAUCCAGAGAAGGUCUCAGGAGCACUGAUUCAUGUGGCCAAGCAUCUGGGCAAUCUGAAGUACAGAGUGUGGGAGAAGAUGCUGGGGACUGUUCAAUACACUCCUGUGACUCUGGACCCAAACACAGCACAUCCCAAAGUCUCACUGUCUGAGGAUCUGACCAGUGUGAGAUGCAGUGAUGAGAGACAGCAGGUUCCCGGUAAUCCAGAGAGAUUUGAUGGGUGGAGUUGUGUGCUAGGCUCUGAGGGAUUCAGCUCAGGGAGACACUUCUGGGAUGUAGAAGUGGGGGGUGAGGGCUGGGAGGUGGGCGUGAUUAAAGAGUCCUUCAGCAGGAAAGGGGUUGUGGCUCCGAGCACAGCAGUGUGGGGUAUACAGCAGUACAGAAGUGAAUACAGAGCCCUGACCUCCCCACCUACAGUCCUCACUGUGCAGAGGAAACUCCAGAGGGUCAGAGUGCAGCUGGACUGGGACCGGGGGGAGGUGUCAUUCUCUGACCCCCGUAACAAGACUCCUUUCUACACUUUUAAACACUCGUUCACUGAGAGACAGUUUCCAUUCUUUAGUACUCUGGGAACUGUGCAGAUCUGUCCACUGAAGGUGUCUGUGCGUAUAAAAUAGCACUGAGGGAUUGUGGGUAAACAUCAGCUGAAAUAACAGGGCUGUAUUUAGUCACUUCUGAGCAGGUUCAUAAAAAUAUUAGCAAAAUUCUCUAUUAUUUCAAAAGUAAAUGAAAACAUUCCAUCGUGUUUCAUGAGUGUUUCAUGGUUUUAUUUUUUGGUAUAAUCUCACAAUGUUAAUGCUGAGUAAUUCCUGUGUUAAAAGGUGGUAUUGUAAGUACACUAGUACACUGGUGUGUGUGUGUGUGUGUCUGUGUGUUUGUGCGUGUAUGUGUGUGUGCGUGUGUAUGUGUGUGUGUGUGUCUCUGUGUCGUGUGUGUGUGUGUGUGUGUGUAUGUGUGUGUCUCUGUGUGUGUGUGAGUGUGUGUGCGUGUGUGUGUGAGUGUGUGUAUGUGUGCGUGUGUGUGUGUGAGUGUGUCUGAGUGUGUGCGUGUGUGUGUGUCUCUGUUUGUGUGUGGUUGUGUGUUUGUGUGUGAGUGUGUGUGUGUGUGUCUGUGUGUGUAUGUGUGUGUGUAAUGAGUUGAGUGUAAUAAACACACCAGUGGAGUGCUGCUCUUUUCCUGACCCGUCACCAGUGUGUCUCCCAGGUGUGUGAUGACCGUAUGAGAUCAUGUGUUUACUGCAUAGAACACAACCAGACCGUAUGAGAUCAUGUGUUUACUGCAAAGAACACAACCAGACCGUUUGAAAUCAUGUGCUUACUGCAUAGAACACAACCAGCCCGUAUGAGAUCAUGUGUUUACUGCAUAGAACACAACCAGCCCAUAUGAGAUCAUGUGUUUACUGCAUAGAACACAACCAGACCGUAUGAGAUCAUGUGUUUACUGCAUAGAACACAACCAGACCGUAUGAGAUCAUGUGUUUACUGCAUAGAACACAACCAGACCGUAUGAGAUCAUGUGUUUACUGCAUAGAACACAACCAGACCAUAUGAGAUCAUGUGUUUACUGCAUAGUACACAACCAGCCCGUAUGAGAUCAUGUGUUUACUGCAUAGAAAAGGGAGUUUGGCCCUUUGUGCCUUGCCUGGCAUCAACAUGCGGUUGGGGGUCGGGGCGAGUCUUGUGUCAGCGGAUCAGGUGGGUUUCGGGAAUGUGCUGUGUGUCCAGGUGGCAGAAUACAAAAUAAAUUGAAUUUAAUUGAAUUCAAAAUCAAAAACUGAAAUCUCUCAUUCACUAAGUAUUCAGACCCUUUAUCCUUGAGAGUCUUUCCUGUCAUAUUUGCCUGGGGUGUUUGCACAAAGUAUUAAACCAGGGGUACCAAUAAUUGUGGAACCUGUUUUUGGGGAAAAUAAAUUUUUGAUUUGAAAAUUCUAA